CCAAACCCAUCCCUACCCGAGAAGCCCCUCGCCUCCGGCCGCCUCCCGCAAUGGCGACUCGCCGCCGCUCCUUCCCGCUCGUCCCGCUCCUCCUCUUCCUCCUGGCCGCCGCCGCGUACGGACGCCUCAUCUCCGACGGCUCGCCGGCCUCGGCGUCCGCCACCUCCCUCCUCUCCAACCCCGUGUCAGCCGUGAUACGCCUCACCACCUCCAACUCCGCCUCCGCCUCCUCGCCGCCGGCCGCCGCCCCGGAGGAGAAGUGCGAGCAGUCGUACGGGUUCCUCCCCUGCACCACCACCGUGCUCGGGAACCUGUUCCUGGUGCUCGCGUAUGGGUUCCUCAUGUACAAGGCGGCCACCUUCCUGUCGGCCGGCAGUGAGCUGCUGCUCGAGAUCAUGGGGCCCGGCCUCGUCGGCGGCCUCCUCCUCCCCAUCCUCGGCGCCCUCCCCGACGCGCUCCUCGUCCUCGUGUCUGGUCUGUCCGGGAGUAGAGAGACCGCACAAAGUCAGGUCCUGAUUGGAAUGGGGUUGCUUGCUGGUUCGACCGUCUUUCUUCUCACCCUUCUGUGGGGAACCUGUGUUGUUGUUGGCAAGUGUGACAUUGGUCCAAAUGGCGUUGCAGUUGAUUUACAGAACAACAAGGGCUUCAGCUUGACUGGCACUGGUAUUUCAACUGAUGUCCAAACCAGCUAUGCAGCUCGGAUCAUGGGGAUUUCUGUUAUUCCCUUUAUCAUUGCUCAAUUCCCCAAAAUGUUGAAGACCCACCACGGACAGCGCCUAGCUGUCUUGCUGGCACUUAUCGUAUCAUUCUCGCUUGUGCUUGCCUAUUGCCUUUAUCAGGUUUUCCAGCCAUGGAUUCAGAAGAGGAAGCUUGCAUACGCAAAACACAAGCAUGUGAUCUCCGGAAUCCUCAGGCAUGCCCAAAUGGAAGCGCUCGGGCGGCUGCUUAAUGAGGAUGGCACACCCAAUGAAGAUGUCAUAAAAAAGUUGUUCCACAAGAUUGACAUGGAUGAGAGCCAAACCCUGUCCCGUGCUGAGCUUCAUGCACUUAUCAUUGGUAUCAACUUUGAGGAGGUUGACUUUGACAAGAAUGACGCUGUUGACAAGAUCAUGGAUGACUUUGACACGUCAGGCAAUGAUAUCGUCGAGGAGGCAGAGUUUGUCUCGGGGAUGAAGAGAUGGCUUAAUGAGGCCAAGCGCAGCGUCCCUACCAGUGGUGCCUAUUCCAAUAAGUUCAUCACUGAUUACCAUGCGAGAACAAGGCAGGAACACGACCUUCUGGUGGACAGAUCUGACGAGACAGUUGAGAGCGUUGAGAACCCUGGCUGGUGCAUCACCAAAGCCGUGGGACUCCUGCUUCUCGGCAGUGCCAUUGCUGCUGCAUUCGCAGACCCGCUUGUUGAUGCUGUCCACAACUUCUCCAACGCCUCGCACAUCCCAUCCUUCUUCAUUUCGUUCAUCGCCCUCCCGCUGGCGACCAACUCCAGCGAGGCUGUGUCUGCCAUCAUCUUCGCUAGCAGGAAGAAGCUACGGACCAGUUCCCUUACUUUCUCUGAGGUAUAUGGUGGUGUGACCAUGAACAACACGCUGUGCUUGGGCGUGUUCUUGGCGCUCAUCUACAUCAGGAACCUGACAUGGGACUUCUCAUCGGAGGUGCUCAUCAUACUGCUCGUCUGUGUCAUCAUGGGACUCUUCACAAGCUUCAGAACCACAUUCCCGCUCUGGACCUGUCUGGUGGCGUACAUGCUUUACCCGCUUUCGCUCGUUGUCGUCUACAUCCUCGACUUCGUCUUUGGCUGGUCAUAAGCAAAUGCUUCUGAACUUCUGCUUCAUAAGCUAAUGCAUCUGAACUCCUGCUUUUGACGGUUACUUUUUCUUCGGUUUGAUCUUGUAAAUUUAUCUCCCUGUAAUUUAUCUGUCUGCACUUCACGCUGUGCAUUGUAACUUGUGCCUAUCCUAAGGUUCCCAUUUGUUCUAGUUUAUCCUGAUCUUGAACAGAGAUGAGCAUAAUAUAUAAAUUGAGAGUUGCCUGAAAGUAACCAAGCAAGCUUAUUUCUGGAA